GUCGGCGAUGCCGGGUGGAUGGGAACAAACUUCAGAACGAGGACAGACGCAGGGCCCAGGGCACCCUCGCGGGCUGACCCGGGCAGUGAGGGCCUGCGGCCGGCUGGCCAGGGCAGCGGCGUGGCGGCGGGCGCGGCGGCGACCUGCGUGAGGAAGCCUUGAGCCCUCGGCGGGCUGCGAGCGACUCCCCGGCGAUGCCUCACAACUCCAUCAGAUCCGGCCACGGAGGGCUGAACCAGCUGGGAGGGGCCUUUGUGAACGGCAGACCCCUGCCCGAGGUGGUGCGUCAACGCAUCGUGGACCUGGCCCACCAGGGGGUGAGGCCCUGCGACAUCUCCCGCCAGCUCCGAGUCAGCCAUGGCUGUGUCAGCAAGAUCCUUGGCAGGUACUACGAGACCGGCAGCAUCCGGCCUGGAGUGAUAGGGGGCUCCAAGCCCAAGGUGGCUACCCCCAAGGUGGUGGAGAAGAUUGGAGACUACAAGCGGCAGAACCCCACCAUGUUUGCCUGGGAGAUCCGAGACCGGCUCCUGGCGGAGGGGGUCUGUGACAAUGACACUGUGCCCAGUGUCAGCUCCAUCAACAGGUGA